CAGCAGAGAGCCUCCAAUAGUCAAGCAUCGCCACAAUCUGCUACCACACCAAGGAUGGAAAGUGCAACAGGAACUGCAAUUGCUACCUCUUCAAGAACUCCUCCAUCACUCAGUCUUCAGGGUCCCCUGUGUCCUCCUGUGUGCCCCCCGGCUCCAUUAGAAGAAUUGUCUCCAGACAGCAUUGAUGCUCAUACAUUUGAUUUUGAAACUAUUGCCCAUCCCAACUUGGAGCAAGCUCUUAAGCAAGGAUCAUUAGACUUGGAUUCAUUAGCAGAAAGUCCAGAAUCUGACUUUAUGUCAGCAGUAAAUGAAUUUGUAAUAGAAGAAAAUCCAGUAUCUCCCAAUGUAAUAAGUGACCCACAAAGUCCAGAAAUGAUGGUGGAAUCUCUUUAUUCUUCAGUUAUUAAUGCAAUAGACAGUAGACGUAUGCAAGAUACAAGUUCUUGUGUAAAGGAUGUUCCAGUAGGAAAUGCUUCUCUCAAUGUUUGUGUGGAGAAGUGUAAGGUUAUUGCCCAAGACUCAAAGAUACAUUUAAGAGGUAUAAAAGAAGAUCUUUGCCACUUCAGAACACUUGUACAAAGAGAACAGUGUGACUUUUCUAAUUCCUUAAAAUGCACUUCCUUAGAAAUAGUAAAUACCAUUGAGAAGGUAAAACUUUCACUUGAAAAAACACUAAAUGAUAAACAUCAAAAUGAAUUACAGUCUUUGAAAAGUGAAUAUGAGACUAAAAUUAAUAAAUUAUUGGAGGAUGGUGAAGAAAAUAAAAAGAAGAUUAAAAAGUUAAAAGGUGACUUAGUAGGCCUUGAAGAAGUUCUUCAGAAUAAGAAUGACGAAUUUGCAAUGGUAAAAAAUGAGAAAGAAGCUGUAGUUUGUCUUCAGAAUGAAAAAGACCAGAAAUUACUUGAAUUAGAAUGCCAAAUGGAGACACAAAAUUCUGAAAUUAAAGAACUGAGACAGUCACGUGAGAUAGUACUUGAAGACUUGAAAAAGCUUCAUGUCGAAAGCAAUGAAAAACUACAACUCCUGAGGGCAGAACUUGAGAGUUUAGAGCAAAGCCAUUUAAAAGAACUGGAAAGCAAUCUACAAGCAAGGCAUUUAGAGGAAUUUGAGAAGGUGCUAGCUGAGCACAAGGACUGUUUGGAUAAAUUGAAAAAAGAGAACCAGCAUAGACUUGAACAAAUGCAAGAGUCUCAUGCAGUAGUUAUGCAAGAGAAACAACAGCAAGUAGAAGAGUUACAACUCAAGGUUUCAGAUCUGUCUGAUUUGAGGUGCAAAUUAGAAGUUGAACUUGCCCUGAAAGAGGCAGAAACUGAUGAAAUGAAGCUUCUUUUGGAAGAAAGCAGAAGCCAACAACAAGAGACUUUAAGAUCUGAGAUUGAUAAGGAAACUGAAAGCUUAAAAAAGGAGAUAGAUAAAUUAAACAAUAAAAUACAAAUUAGCAGUGAUGAAUAUCAAGUGGGAUUAUCGGAACUAAGGACUCUGAUGACAAUUGAGAAAGAUCAGUGCAUUUCUGAGCUAGUAGGUAGAUAUGAAGAGGAGUCAAAUUUGCUUAGAACUGAAUUAAAUAAAGUCAGUCUUCUUCAUCAAAAAACUUCCGAGGCAGAAAAAAGACUUUCAGAGCAAAUAACGGAACUACAGAGUAAGUUAGAGUUGGAAGUAAAUGCCCUAGAAAAGGAAAAAACAGAAAAACUGUUUCUCUGUGAGCAGCAGGAAAAAUAUGAAGCAAUUAUUCAUAAGCUAAAGGAAGAGAAAGAACUGUUAGUAUCUAACCAAGAACAAGACAGGCAGUUGCUCAUUCAGAAGCUCAAUUGUGAAAAAGAGGAUGCAGUACAAACUGCUUGUAAAGAGUUUGAAUUGCAGAGAGAAGCUGCUGAAAAAGAGCUUUUGGAAAAAAUACAGCAACUUGAGAUGCAAGUAAAUCGGAGUCCUCCCACUGAAUCAUCUGCUGAAUCAGCCUUAGUUGCUGAACUUCAAGAGAAGCUUCAUGAAGAAAAAAUGAAGUUCUUAGAGCAACUCGAAGAACAAGAGAAAAGAAAGAAUGAAGAAAUGCAGAACAUCAGAACAUCCCUCACUGCAGAACAGCAGACCAACUUUAACACCGUUCUGGCAAGAGAGAAAAUGAAAAAAGAAAACAUAAUUAAUGAUCUUAGUGACAAAUUAAAAAUGCUUACCCAACAGCAAGAAAAAGAUAAGGAUUUGAUUGAAACACUUUCUGAAGAUCGAGCUCGCUUACUCGAAGAGAAGAAGAAGCUUGAGGAAGAAGUUAAUAAACUAAGAAGUAGUAAUUUUUCUCCAUCAACCUACUCAGCAGCAGCAGCUUCAGAAGCUUGUUUUUUUGACACAGACAGAUUGGUUUCUGACAUUGCAGCUGAAGGGAGAAUGGACUCCACGAUGGAAACCAGUAUGAUGGCUGUGCAUGAAAAUGUCCAUAUGUCUGAAGAAAAGCAGAGGAUCAUGUUGCUAGAAAGAACUUUGCAGUUGAAAGAAGAGGAAAAUAAGAGAUUAAAUCAAAGAUUGAUGUCCCAAAGCAUGUCAUCAGUGUCCUCAAGACAUUCUGAAAAAAUAGCUAUUAGAGAUUUUCAGGUUGGCGAUUUGGUUCUCAUUAUCUUGGAUGAAAGGCAUGACAACUAUGUGUUGUUUACUGUUAGUCCAACCUUGUAUUUCUUGCAUUCGGAGUCUCUUGCUGCACUGGAUCUCAAACCAGCAUCAGGUGCAUCUAGGAGACCUUGGGUGCUAGGAAAAGUGAUGGAAAAGGAAUACUGCCAGGCAAAAAAGGCACAAAACAGAUUUAAAGUUCCUUUGGGUACAAAAUUCUACAGAGUGAAAGCAGUACCAUGGAACAAGAAAGUAUAACACAGCAAAAUUUUGGUUCAUUGUCUCCAUUCUUUUUUGACUUGUCCUUCAGUGCUCGUUCAUCGCUCCAAAUACCAGGCCAUCUUUUUAUACUGAGGUCAUGUGACAAGAUCUGUCAUUCAUGUACUGCUUUUACUUUUUAACAGGUGACAUUUUAGAAACAAAAAAUUCAUCAAAAACUUUGGCCCUAACAGCUUCAUAUUUUAAUUUUUUUUUUUUACCCAGAUAACUUUAAGAGUGUGGACCAAAUGAGUUCAUUUUCUCAAAGGGCAACCACAUGGUUUGUUAGCCAUGUUAAUUGCCUGUUAAAUAUACAUUAGCUUGUAUUUAGAUGUUAAAUGUUAGUUACCAUUAUUACCAGCAUACGUCCUUUUGUGAAAUCAUUAUCAAAGUACUUGCACUCUUUAACAGAUUCUUUAUAUGUGUAAAAUUCAUCAACUAUUUAAAGAGGAGUGUUCAUUGCAUGCAGAUAAUCAUGUAAUUUUUCUUCAACAUGAGUUUGCCUCAGUAGAUGAAUAAAAAUAACUACUGCAACUUGUUUCAUUACAUGAAAAUGCUCUUUAAUGUUAAAAAACCCUUGUAAUUUGAUAGACUGAUUUUGAAAAUCAGUCACAGUUAGAUCUGCAAUCUUCAAAAGCACUUUCGAUGGAUUGAUCACACAGAUUCUGAAGGGAAGAUACCUGUGC